AUCAUCAGUCCUUUCCACGCCGACCGGCUGUAACGUUCGGACGCAGUGCAUCAGUGUCAGUGUCAGCGUGUGUGUGUGUUUCAGUGUAUAACCGUCUUCGCGUCAAAAUAUAUGUGCGGCACGGCCAACCAGAUGCCCGGGUACGGCGGCGACGUCGUCGCCCCCCAAAGGGUCGACACGGUCGCGUACCAGUACCUGCAGGCCAAAGAGCUGCCGGCGGCGACGGCCACCGCCGAACUCAUCCAACAUUUCAGCCGUCGCGCCAGCGAACUGGACACCGCAGGUGUUCAAAAGCCCGAUGACGUGCUCACCGCCGUCACUGCAGCCUCCAAGAAAGCGUUCGACCGGUGCUCAGAGUUAGUGAGCAGCUUACAGAAGUCGUCCGUUUACAAAAUUUUGUUUUUCACCCAACCAGCCCACGUCAUCAUGAUCCUGGCCGUCACUCUGGUGGCUGCGUCCAUGUUCCCCAACGUGAAGAAAUCCACCUCGCUGCACGUGGACGCCAACGGUAACGACGUUAAACCCAGGACUUUCGUCAACUUUGUCUACCUGGCGGCUUUUUGCACCCACGUGGGAGCCCAGUUCUGGAUGACGUUCAUUUCCGGACUUAGCUUGUACUUCAACUUGGCCAGACACGCGUUCGGCGACGUGCAGAAAAUCUUGUUCCCCAAGUACUUUUCGUUGAACAGCCUGCUCAGUGCCAUCACGCUCAUCCAGUUCGGUAAAAUUCACGUGGCGUCCAACGUGUGGGACAUGCACACUUACCUACAGGUUUUCGUGUUGAGCCUGUGCUUCCUGUUGGAGCUGAUGAUCCGACUCUACGUGGUGCCUCCUCUGUUGCGCCUCAUCACCAUCAAAAUGGCCAUCGAAAAGUCGGCGGGCGUCGGCCACGAGGUGGGCCACUACGACAUCGGGCCACUGGUCGACUGCCCACACUACAUGGCCAUACACAGGUCUUUUCGGCAAGUGCAUUUGUGCGUGGCAAUCGGCAACGUCGUAUCCAUGAUGUGCACCGCGUUCCAUCUGAUGUACAUUGCUGCCUAACGCAUUGGCAAACAAUACAAAAUAAAAAACAAUUAACACCACCGACGCUUUUUUAUGCACAUUUAUAAUUAUAAUUAUAUAAUAUCAUUUUUUUUCUAUUCUCUAGUCAACAGCCUGAGAAUUUUUAAUGUUAAAAAACGAAUAAAAAUCUACAAAUUUCGAAACGUGUAAGAAGAAAAAGAAUAAUAAACCAUAAAACAUUUGUCCGUUGGUUUUACUGUUGUUGUGCCGUUGGAAAAUAUUAUAAAUAUCUUAUAGAACUCACACGAAUUUUAUUUUACGGGCCAUCGAUCUGAAUAGUUGUUCUAAUUUCUCAUUCACACUUUUGGCCUCGGCUGAAAACUGAGAAUUUAAAAAUAAACUAAAAAAAAUAAAAGGCGAUUUAUCACAA